GUACUACAAGACACAAAUUGCUCAAAGGCACUUCUCCAAAAUGUCAGUCGCUCUUUGGAAAAGUGUACUGCAAACCACAAAGAGUAGACUGUUCCUGCAAAGAGGUGUGUCACUGUAUAACAGUGCCCAUGGCUUUGAGGAAGAAGAGAUAAAGAAAAAACUUCAGCAGUUUGGUGGUGGAUCCAUCAACCUUUCUAAGGAAGACAAUGGCAUUGGAGUCCUGACCUUGAACAACCCAAAGCUAAUGAAUGCGUUCACAGGCACUAUGAUGCUAGAACUCCAGGAGAGGGUAACUGAACUGGAAAAUUGGAAGGAUGGGAAAGGUCUUAUCAUCCAUGGUGCAGAAAACACUUUUUGCUCAGGAUCUGAUUUGAAUGCUGUCAGAGCAAUGUCCAGCCCACAGGAUGGAAUGAACAUCUGCAUGUUUAUGCAAAACACCUUAACCAGACUCAAGAGGCUGCCUCUGAUUAGUGUUGCAUUAGUUCAAGGAAAAGCUCUGGGAGGUGGAGCAGAAUUUACCACAGCAUGUGAUUUCAGGUUAAUGACUCCAGGAAGCGAGAUUAGAUUUGUCCACAAGCAAAUGGGUUUAGUACCAGGCUGGGGUGGAGCUGCCAGGCUUGUACAAAUCGUUGGCAGUGACGCUGCCCUGAAGCUGCUCAGUGGUGCUCUCAAAGUGGAUCCUGAGAGAGCAGUACAUCUCGGGCUGGCUGAGGAAACUUUGCCAUCUUCAGAUGAAACCAGAUCUUUAGAAGAAGCCCAAGCAUGGCUAAAUCAAUAUACAAAGGGUCCGGGCGAAGUGAUUCAGGCUGUGAAAAAAGUGAUCACAGCAGGAAGAGAGCUACAAUUAGAAGCUGCUUUACGGGCAGAGAAGGACAUUUUUGGAACCGUUUGGGGCGGGCCUGCCAAUUUGCACGCUGUCGCUCAAAGCACAAAACACAAAUGAUGAACUGUCAAUGCAUAAGAAAAAUAUUUUUCAUCUUUUGGAAACAAAGCCUCUGCUAAAGCAGGCAUUUAUUUGAACCAUUUAAGAAUUUGUUCAUUUAAACUGGCACUAACAUUCCUAGCUUGCAUAUCAUGGAACCAUAUUUGGUGUGCUACCAUAGAGAGAAAUCCCCAGUGGAUCAUUUGCUGGUCUAAUCGCAGGUAGAAUGGAGAUCAGUGAAAUUAAAGGUAAAUUCAGUGUUGGGAAUUGAACUGUUACCCUCUCAGAAUGGGGUUGAAGACUAUAUUCUUGUUUUGCUUUGAAUUAUUCGCUUGUGAAGGUGCUAGGUUGACUGCACUAGAAAUAGAGCCUAUUCAUCAACCGAACAAGUGCAUCCCAGGCAGGAAAGUAUACUUCCCCCCAACUUGCUGCCAAUGUGCCUCAAAGCAGUUUUGGUGGGACCACCACUAAGGUGACAGGGACGUUUAUUUUCCGUCUUCAAUCAAUUCUUGGCCUCUCUGCUGAGAAUGCAAACCAGGACGCUAAUUGUGGUGAUGGUUUUUAGAGGUGAAGGACUCCACUAGCACCAAUAACUUCAAAUAAGACAGCAAUUUUUGCUUUCUGUUGGCAUUCUUUGAAAUUCCAGCAUUUGCUUUUGGGAAUUGUUUGUUAACUUGCCCCUGUUCAUAACUUUUUUGUGAUUAAUUUUGCAUUAAUUUUA